AUGAGAGUAAUAAGCGGGACAGUUAAAUCUACACCACUGCAAUGGCUACCGGUACUGGCAAAUAUUAAACCACCACACAUUCGUAUGAAAGAUGUUCUUGUAAAAACCAUUAAGAAAUCUGUAGAUUACAAGAGUUCACUUUUAUACCAGAUGAUGCUUCAAACACCCAAUCAACGAUUAAAAUCCAGGAGCCCACCUGUUGAGUACACCAGAACACUGAUAAGUUUAGGGUUUGAUAGCGCCGAGGAAUGGCGAAAAGAAUUGGCAAGCUAUAUAGCAAUAAAUAUGAAGCUACUAUGUGACCCUAAUAAUGGAGUUCUAGGAAUGAAUCUUCCUCGUUGUACCUGGUCCACGUUAAAUAGACUGCGUACAGGUCAUGGUCGGUGUGAUUACCUCCUAAAUAAGUGGGAGCUCCAAGAUAACCCUGUACGUGAAACGGGGAACAAAAAAUAA